GCUGACAACAUUUAAUGUGUAGAAAUCUCAAGAACUGAAAGAUGUCUUCUGUCCACAAAUACGCCAUUAAACUAAAACCAUACUUAGUAAGCCAUGAAAAAAGCAGAGAAACAAAGAUGCUUUCGGUUUUGAACAUUUUUAAAGCCAAACACAAGUAAUAAGAUAUUGCCAACUUUGUACUACUCUUUUCUUUAGUUCAAUUUGGAGCUCCCAAAUUCUUUUGUUUAUUUGCUUCUUCUAGCUAGUCUGUCACUAAGGGUACAAAAACACUGCAAACACGAGCAUUUUAGCGAUGAUUGAAAAGGGGGCAUUGAUCUUGUUCUUUUGGCCGAUCAUAAUCUCCCCUACACUACUGAUUCCCAAACUGUUCAUCCAUCAUUCCGUUUACGAAAGGGAACAUAUUCUGAUUCACUUGAAGAGCCUUUAAAACCACUACAAUUUUUGAGAUGCAAAAAGAGGAUAGAAGAAGAAGAGAGGAAGAACGAGUCUAGAAAUUAAAAGCUGUCCUACCCUAUUUACAACAGCCACAUGCCAUUCGCUUUCAAGCAUUUGCUUCUUUCUUAGCUAAAAGCCUUACGUUCCUGUAAAAAUACCAUACAAAACAGGCUCAUAAUAACUGCUAAUACCAAGUCUCCCUCCUUCCCAUUUAAAGCUUUUACUUACCUAACCACAUUGACCCUGUUUUUCCCUCCCUAACGUUCUUGAUGAUGAUCCAUAGCCUCAUGAUCUCCAUGCAAAUCAACCAUCAGCUCCUCAUCACCAUCAACUUGAAAAAUCAUUCUUAAGUCAUCCCCUGAAAUCACCACAACCUAAAAAAAAGUUCAUUUGUCGAACUACCCUAAAAAAAAAAAAAAAAAGACUCCCAAUUUCAUUUUCUCCAUCCUUAUUUAAGUCCUUAUUAGAUAACCGACAAUGUGGAAACAUCGGAAUAGUCCAUUGGUAUUAAAGAUGAAGCUGACUAUGAUUCUGUUCCUUGUGAAUUUAGUUGCAAUUCAUGCUAACAGUAACGAAAACAAUGAUCGAGCAGAUUUGGUGGAAUCAAUGCCGAAGACGAGUAUGAAAUGUGGUGAGUGCCCAUGUGGAAAUCCAUGCAGUCAGGAGCUGCCGCCACCAUCGCCACCACCACCGGCACCCGCGCCGCCACCAAAGACGACCCAGAAUUGCGCUCCGCCACCUCCGAGGUUCUACUAUUUUUCAAACCCCGGCGACCAGACAGCUCAAGCGGUUACUCCGCCGCCGCCACCCCGGUUCACCUACAUCAUCGGCGGCGGCCCGCCGGGGAACUUGUAUCCAACCGAUCCUUACAGUCUGGAAAUCUACAAUGCUGCUACAUCAAACCCAUCAUCCUCUGCUGCAUUCUUAGGAUUAUUUCUUUUCGUGAUCUAUGGCCUUUUAUGGGGGUAUAUAGUAUAGUACUGGAAGCAAAAAACACAUUUACUUAGAUUGGAUUUUCUUUCGAAUUCAAUCUGAAACUUAAUUUAUUCAUGUACAACUCGUGCAUUUUCAGGAUUUAUUUAUUAUAAUGUCACACUUAUUUACUUGUGAAACUCUGUUUUAUGCAGAGUCAAUUGUUCAUUCGUUAGUUGUCUGAAUUGAUCCAGACAAACUUUUAACCAAUCAACCUUGGCCG